GGCCGGGAGGGGGAAGACAAGCGGCAUGGAUGCCCACGAGCUCUUCCGGAAACUCGGAACUGGAGCCAAAUUCGACGUGAGGCGCUUCAGGCGAGACGCGGAGCGUUUCGGGGUACUCAGAACUAAAGAAGAAGCAACUGGGACAUCAGAGAUUUUUGGAUCUCUUGAUUUUUUUGGAAAGAAAACAAAGGAAAAUGAACUCCAUGAAGCUCAAACCAAAACAUUGGAACUGUCUGAUUUGCCCCUGGAAGAGGUAGCCGUGCCACAGGAAACACAGGCUGCAAAGAAGAGAAAAGGAGAUGGACAAAGUACCAAAGGGAGGAAAAAAAAGAAAAAAGGCCAAGAAACAGUUGCUAUAACUCCUGGUACUGAAAAUAAUGGUAUAUUAUGGAUGUCCACUCUGGAGGCAAAACUUGACAUUCCAAAAAACAAAGGUAAAAAGGAACCCAAAGCAGAGAAAUUAAAACAAGUUAGACAACAAAAGAUAAAUCAUUUCAGAAAUAAGCACAAAAUCUACAUUCAAGGGACGGAUCUCCCUGAACCAGCUGCCAAGCGUCUCAAUUUUGAUCACACGAUCAUGGGGAAUGCUUCAAAGGUCGUAACUGUGAAAAAUGGUCAUAAGUCACUUUUUUCACUGAGCCUUGUUGCUUUUCCCUUUGCAUCCCAGGGUCGUGAGCUCCUGGCUUGUGCUCCCACUGGCUCCGGGAAGACGUUGGCUUUUAGCAUCCCCAUUUUAACCCACCUCAAGCAACCGAUGAAUAAAGGUUUCAGAGCGCUUGUGCUCUCGCCCACGCGGGAACUCGCUAGUCAGACCCACAGAGAGCUACUUAAGUUGUCUGAGGGUAUCGGCUUCAGGAUACAUUUGAUUCACAAAGCUGCUGAAACAGCAAAGAAAUUUGGGCCAAAAUCUUCUCAGAAAUUUGAUAUUUUGGUGACUACUCCAAACCGACUUAUCUAUCUGCUGAAACAAGACCCCCCAGCCAUUGAUCUUACCAGAGUUGAAUGGCUGGUGGUGGAUGAGUCAGACAAAUUGUUUGAAGAUGGGAAGACAGGAUUCCGAGACCAGCUGGCUACCAUCUUCUUGGCAUGUUCCUCCCACGUUGUCAAGAGAGCCAUGUUCAGUGCAACGUUCGCGCAUGACGUAGAGCAGUGGUGUAAACUCAACCUGGACAAUAUCAUAUCUGUAUCCAUCGGAGCAAGAAAUGCUGCAGUCGAGACGGUGGAUCAAGAGCUCUUAUUUGUUGGAUCAGAGACAGGAAAGUUGUUAGCUGUGAGAGAUCUUGUGAAAAAGGGCUUCAGACCUCCAGUCUUGGUGUUUGUCCAAUCUAUUGAACGGGCUAAAGAGCUAUUUCAUGAGCUUGUUUACGAAGGCAUCAAUGUGGACGUCAUUCAUGCAGAGAAGACCCAACAACAGAGAGAUAACGUAGUCCACAGUUUCAGAGCUGGGAAGAUCUGGAUCCUUAUUUGCACUGCUUUGCUGGCUCGAGGGAUCGACUUCAAAGGAGUGAACAUGGUUAUCAAUUUUGACUUCCCCAGCAGUGCCGUGGAAUAUAUUCACCGGAUAGGUCGCACAGGGAGGGCGGGACACACAGGAAAAGCAAUUACCUUUUUUACUGAAGAUGACAAGCCAUUACUGCGAAGCAUAGCCUCCGUUAUUCAGAGAGGUGGUUGUCCUGUGCCGGAUUACAUAAAACACUUCCGCAAACUGCAGAGCAAGCAAAAGAAAAAAUUUAUAAAGAAGCCCUUGGAAAGGGCACACAUCCUUACAUCUCCUAAGUUCUUACAAAAGAAAGCCAAAAAAAACGAGACCCUUAUCCAGAAAAGGAAAAAGAACUCCAAAGAAGUCGAAAAUAACAAUUCUCAGACACAGGCAACUCCAAAAAAUUGAUUCAGCUGCUUUGUCGAAAUAAACAAGGAUUCUUUGAUCUUUGCAAGAAGAAUAAAUCUGAGGAACCCUUUUUUUUGAUGGGCAAAUACUUUGAUAUAUGUUUGUUUCUUUCAUAUAUGUGGGUUUCUUUUUUGUACUGUACCUUUAGCUACAGGGUAUCUUAUCCCCCAGCCCCUGUUAUGGAUGUGCUUGAUAUCAGAUCAUCCUUCUUGGUGACAAUGUCAUGGUGCAAAUACAAGCGUUGCACCACACAAAAGAUAUCCAGAUGCAGUCAUCUCCGGUACGGAAAGGAUUCCAGAUGCAAAGGACUCCUCUUCUGAUAAAUGACUCUCAGCUCACAAUAAAAGGGAGAACUUCUA